UCUCUCUUCGCGUCGUGGUCACUUUCUUCGUGUUAGAUGUAAUAAUAAAUAUAACUGGAUAUAUAUUGGUUCACUAGUUUUCUGCAAAACUCGAAGGUUAUGAAAUCGAACGAAUAUGUAAACACCGUCCAAGGUAUCGUAUUAUGAAUGAAGCAAUUAGUAUUGAGACAGUUUUCACUGAAGUAAGAUGUGUUUAUCGUGCUAGUGGUUAUUAUGAAACGUCGUGCAAUAUCCAUUCUUCGAACUCGUUCGACGAUCCACGAUAAGAAGUAUUCACACCUUUAUCGAAUCGAGAGGUGGUCAGUUCGAGCAAUUUCUUUGAAGGAAUGGCCAUACAUAUCCAGGAAGUGAUACGAUCGGAAGUGGAUGGUGGCCUGGCUGGACCGGCUAAUCCAAUACCGGACGAGUCGAUAGACUGUGGUUGCGCGCAGUUGCCGUGCCCAAAGUUGGCGAGAUUCGCAACGAGGCGGUUGUUCGUCGGGCUGUUGUCAUGGGUAGGCCUGAUCCAAGCCGCUGCCUACGCUUACCUUCACAUGGCAGGGCCGACCAUAGCGAGGAGGUUCCAGUUCCACCCUUACGCGAUGGAAUGGGUGCUAAUAGUUUCCGACUUGACGCCGUUCAUUCUCGGGGUGGUGAUCGCCUAUUGGGGCGACAGGAUACACAGGGCGGCGUGGAUCGGCGCCAUUGUCCUCCUGCAAAGUAUCUCGUAUUUCGUUAUGAUCAUACCUCAUUUGACCCAUCAUACGAAAGUGGUGGAGGAGACUGAAAACGUAACCCAUAUGUCGAUAUACGCGGAGGACAGUCGAGAUCUUUGCUCGGAGACGACAUCGAGAAUCGUGGCCAAGGAGAACGAAUUUUGUUAUUUCACGUUGGCGAUGAUCAUAGUGGUACAAGUGGUGUCUGGUAUAGCGAAUAUUUCGUAUUUUGCAUUGGGCGUUUCCUAUUUGGACGACAACACGAAGAAGAAGCACGUAGCAGGCCUCAUAGGUUUCCUCAUUUCUGUAAAAAUUUUCGGUAUCCUUGUUGGAUGCAUGCUGGCGUGGAUAUGCCUUAGAUUCGACGCGGUUACCUUGAACCCCAUAGAAUCCUAUAGAGAACAGAUCGGUGCAUGGUGGCUGGGUUUGCCAAUUUUCACUUUGCUGCUUAUAAUUCCCGGCCUCCUUCUCUCGUGGUUCCCACGUAUGCUACCAUCAGAGAUCGUGGAGAAAGCGGCUGUGUCGUUGUUGAACAAUUCCAAUAAUCGACCACCACGCACGAUAGUGAGCCAAAGCGUUGGAAGUAUAGAUUUCUGGCCAUCGUUGGGUAGACUGAUCACGAAUAAGAUUCUGAUGUGUCAAAUCUUGGCCUGUACCCUCUACAUCAUGGCCAUAGUGAAUUUCGUGGGUUUCGAGAAUCUUAUUGGACAGUCGAGAUUUCACGUGCCGAAACCCACUGGGAUGUUGCUAGGUUUCGAGGAUCCUAUCUCUUCGAGAUUGAUAACAAAUAUUUUGAAGCCCAGUCUGGUCGCGUUGAUCGUUGUACUCUCGGGAAUGGUAAUUUCAAAAUUGAAACCCAGCGCGAGAAGUGUCAUUGGGUACAGUAUUAUCGUUGUGCUUUUGGCAGCUGCGAUCAUCUUUGCACUCACUGCUGCGACUUGUGAUAAAAAGCCUAUCUUUGGCACCACUAAAAAGGGAUCUCUUAUAUUAUUGCAUUAUUGCAAUCGAAAUUGUCGAUGUUCAAACGAUGCCGAUUUUCGUCCCGUCUGCGACAAUAAAGGCACACACACCUUUUAUAGCCCUUGUCACGCUGGAUGCACUUUUUCCGAAGUCAGAAACGGUAUAACAACUUACAGUGAAUGUAGCUGUGUAGAAACUGUAAUGGGCGCAGGGAAAACGGACGCGAUCGAUGGACCUUGCACUUCGAAUCGUUGUCAAUUCAAUUGGGUAGCUUUCGAGUUUGGAAUUCUUUUAUCCUGUGUAUUAGUUGCUUCGACCUUCGUGGGAGAUAUAUUGAUCAUCUUGAGAUCGGUGACUGUACAGGACAAGGCUAUCAGCAUAGGAUUCCUCAUGACGUGUAUAGCAUUUAUACCUGGAAAAGUUUUAUACGACGUGAUAGCAAAUCUAACCUGUCUAUAUUGGGGAACGCAAAAAAUUUCGUGUCGUAUCCACGAUGGCACGAAGCUCGGCAACUAUCUGUGCUAUAUGACAGGUUCUUUGUUGGUUUUGUGUGUUAUAUUGAAAUUGGUUGUGUGGUGUCUCUCCGAAGAUUUGAAACUUUAUGUCCAGAAAGAGGGAGAAGCAACAUCGAUGACUGAAAUGAGGGAAAUGAUUCCAAACACGAAUGAUGCGACCAAUCAACAAGAUCGAAGAGGUAACGAGAGUGAAGUUAUAACGCAUCAAUCUUCUUUAAAUGAUACAACAAUUAACGUAGAAAAAUCAAGCGAAGACCUAAAAAAAUCCGUCAAAUCCAUAUACGAAAAUGUAGGAACAGAAGAUCAAGAAACCGAGGAAACUCCACUGAAAUACGGUCCCUUAGGUCCUGGAGAUCGUCGAACAGAUUCAAAAAUUUCCCUCAAUCAACCGUCUCAAGCUCAAAAAUCAAAAAUACGAAAUACAGACUCCGAAGACGAUCUAAGUUCCAGUGACGAGGAGGGAAAGAAAGAUUCGAGUCCAAAAGUAGCUUACAGACCUUUGGAUAUCGAUUCAGACGUGGAAAGUGAUCUCAGCAGCAUAGAGCCAAGGUCACGUAAACGCAUCAUGGGAAGAGACUACGAGUCUGUAUAUAACAGCGAUACUUCUUCCGCCAAAAACUCACUCAAACGAGAAUUUCCAAAUCCAGACAAUUAUGGUGAUCCAAGGUUGAAUCGAAGAAACAUAGACGGUUCCUCGAAGACGAGCAGUUUUGAAUUUUCAAGGAAGAGGCAAAACGAGCCUUUACAAAAGAGGGGAGACUUCAACGAAGUCGGUAUACCUAUUGUCGAUCCUGUAUCCACGAAAGGUGUAAAAUCGUUGAUCGAUAGAUACGAGAAGGUUGAUGAGGAACAAGAAUUGACGAUAGCGGGAGAGAAUGGAAAUCAUCCAGAGCAUAAGAUAGGAAUUCCAUUGGUGGCCAUGGCGUCGAAGAAGUCAAAUUCGAUAAAUCAAUAUUCGUCUGAGUUCAGUAAUUUAGGGGAUGGUAAGAUUCCUGAGAAUCGACCAGAGUCAAGAGAAAGUGUUAGCCCAAAAACAUCCAGUAAAGGGAGUGUAGGAACAUUGCACACUGAUUUUUGAUAGAUAAUGAUAAUAGUGUUGCAUGUUAUUUCGUUUUGACAUUUUAUACCGAAGUCUAUAGAAAGUUAUUUAUUCAGAUAUUUCUGUUUACUUUUUUUCAUCUAUUCAGAAUUGAAUUUUAUUUAUGUUAUUCAUGAAGUAUUAAAGUGUAGGUAUUAAGAUGUUAGGUAAGAGUAAUAGAUAAAGUAAUAUAUUGAAGUUGUUUUCA